CCAUGCAGGCUUCACAGACACAGCUGCAAGUAGACGGGCGUGGAGUAGAGUGGGAAUGGUGAAGUUCGCGCAUAGAGAUUUCCCAAGUUGUGUUUGGACAUUGUCCUCAGACUAGUGGGUAGAGAGCAUGGGGGCAGAAUAUUCCGAAAUUUGUUAUGCGGUAUGAUCGUAGAGUACAGUAUCGGUAGUACAUGAUCGUAGUGUUGUCCAAAUUUAAAAUUUUUGGAAUAUUUACUUGACUCGCUACGCUGCCGACGCUUCAUCAUGGUCAGGGAGCGACGACCCGCUAUAUUGCGAGAUGCAAUGCACGGCAUUCUGGACCUUGCUCGCGCCAAGUGCUGUUCCGGGCGGCUGCACGAUGCGGCGAGGCCACGGAGCGGCAGUGCAGGCUCCGAAGCUGAGGCCGCUGCCGUUGCGGAGCUGAGUGAUGACUCCACGGAAUCGUCGUGGGAUGUCAACAGGAAAACCAAGGACUCUAGGGUGCACGCGCUCAACUGUCUGCUGAUGAUACUGGGCAGUAUGUGCGUGCUGACGGCCAUAUUCGGCAUACAGUCACUGGAGAGCUCGAUCAAUUCGGUCGGUGGCUUGGGUCAGGGCUGCCUGGGCCUGCUCUACGGACUCGGCAUCAUCUCGGUGACGUUCCUGGCGCCGGUGCUGCUGCGGCGACUGGGCCCGCCGCGCGUCCUGCGCCUGUGCAUGCUGCCGGUGGCGCUGUUCCUGGGCGCUCACUUCGAGGUGCUGCCGGCAGUGUUCCUGUCGGCGUGCACGCUCAUGGGAAUGUUCAUGAUGAUGUUCAUGGCGUCGCUGAGCGUCAUCACCACCACGGCGGCCAUCGACUACGCCAGCAUCUACCGGGUGGCGCGCGCCCCGAUGAUCGCACGCUUCAGCAGCAUGCUGUUCGUCGGCCUGGUGAUGUCCUACUUCACCGGCCCGCUGCUCUCCUCGCUCAUACUCGAAAAUCCCACCAGUUUCCAUGGCAACGGCUCGGCUGGGCACGUCCGUCAGUGCACGGACUCCAAAGAAAAGAUGGUGGUUGCUGACAAAGAGCGCUAUGAAUUACUCAUUGUGUAUUCAGUGCUGGUGCUAGUCGCAUUCUGUGUAUUCUGUCUGGUGGGAAAUGCAUCGGAAACCAGCAUAAAGGCAAGAUUAGCGUCUGCAACUGCUUGGCAGCAGAUUACAGCUACUCUUCGUUUGCUUGGUGACUUUGACAUGCUGAUGUGCAUUCCUUGGAUCUUCUUUACCGGUAUGGCCAAGGAGAUGAUCACGAACAACUAUACACAAUUCUUCGUGGCGCCGUGUCUCGGCGUUGGAAACGUUGGAUUCAGCAUUGCCUCGUUCGGCGCCGCAAACGUCUUGGUCACCGCACUAAUGCCGGUCAUGCUGAGGCGCGCUGGUCGGCCAUUGCUUGCUGCCGUCGCUGCCUCACUGGAGAUUGCAGUGCUGAUGGUGCUGUUGUACUGGCAACGCUCUCCCAAUGCCGCAGUGCUCUAUACACUUCCUGCUGUGUGGGGCGCCGCCGACGCUAUCUGGAAUGUUGAGAUGAGCAUUGUUAUCGGUGUGGUGUUCCCGAGCCAGCAAGAGGCGGCCUACUCCAACCACCGCGCCUGGCAGGGGUUCGGCUUCGGUGUCAGCGCGCUCUACAGCUCUCGCUUUGACUCGUGCUUUGAACAGCUGCAGCGCAAGUUGUGGUUCCUCGUGGCACUGCUCCUGCUCUCGAUGAUCAUGUACGCCGUGCUGGAGUGGAGGAUACGGAAAGCGGACACCGAGGCCAAGCUGGACAGUACCAGCGACACUGAACUAAUGCAGCCGGGUGGUGAUGGAGAUGGAGAUACUAGCCAGCAUUCUGAUGAGAACAGGCUGUCUCCGUAGGUAGCGCUGUCUGCAGUCAAUGUUUAUUGCAACACACCUUGAACCCUGAAGAUGUCCAUUGCCGAUGCCAGUGAUAACGAAGGGACUAUCUACUAGCAUUUGCAGUACGGAACGUGGCGCUUGAGAUCCCGGGACUACGGCAGACCAGAACACACGCAUGCGCGCUCGCGCACACACAUACGCAUACACACGCACACUCGUGCACGCGCAUUCACAUAGAGUCAUCCCUCGUUUCUCUUGCCCACUAUAAGCGAGCACUUAUUGCGGAUUUUCUGCAACUGAAAUCUCCCGUUCAUGCGCACCACAUCACUUCUUUUACACCCACAUCCGUCCAUGCAGUCAAAACUUGACGACUAUUCGCCGAUGGUUUUAACAAGCUGUAACUCGGUCAAGCACCUUGCCACAUCCAGCAGGAUGUCUGCACUCAGAUGGUGCCAGAUUGUACACAGGACCUCUGUAAACAUUCUGUUGCAGCGUGCGUACAUGCAGUUAGAUGCCAACAGUGUUUUACGUAUAUGCUCGUAUGUUGAAGGUCUUGCACGAGACCUUUUUUUAGUUUAUGUUUUAGUCCAGUUGAACUUCUCCUUGAUGUCAAUAUUGCAUCAAUCCAGUUGAGAGCUCGCCCAGUUUUUUUCACCUUCCGAUUUUUUUUAACUUAUCAGGUUUUUUCUUCAGAGCUGUCACAAGUUUGAACUAUUACUUACUUGAUGCCAUCUUCUUUUGGGCCAUCCAUUUCUAAUAAGGACCUGCCGCCGUUUUAUACUGGUAUCUCUAUAAAUUUUGCAACUUUCCCUCAAAACUAGUGAAGUAUCUCAGCUAUACAUUUUCACAGGGCCCUAUUUAUUUUCCUAUUUAUUAUUAUUCCUAUUUUCCCCUUUUUUGCAAAUACCUCGCACGUAAGUUAUUGAGUACUUCUGAGUACUGUAUUCACUGUAUUGUUGUCUUUGAUUUGGUCGUGUACUAUUUAUUCAAAGAUUUAAAAAAAAGAAAUCCCGAUGCCGGCCGCUGUGCAUGUUUCAA